UAUAUGCGAGUAUAUGCGAUUACCCUCCGCGGCUCGUCGAAGGAUAAAGUUCGUUUCGAGGGCGAUUAUUUGCCUGUUUUCAAACACACCCGUUGGGUUGGGUGGGACGCCGAGAUUUUCCCUCAACGACAACAACAACAACAACGACUCGACGGACUCUCAGCUACACCUCCAACAAAUGACACGACAGUUGACAAACAUUUCAAUUUCCGAUCGACGCCGCGAAUUAAGUUCACCACUUGCGCACGUGAUGUGCCGCAAGUCGAUCAUUUUUCAUCCUGUAUUUACCUUGUAAUCGAAAACUCCGAGCUCUAACGUCGCUGCUUACUGACUCGCUCUCAACGUUUGAUUAAUCGACGGAAUUACAUUCAUUUCGUUCGCCGUUUGAACCGACGACUCGAGCGACAGCCCCAAGGAUCGUUCGAGUGUACCGGAUUUGUUUGUUCGCUGGUCAAACGAGCAUACCUCGUGGUUCGAUCGAUCGGACUUUACUCUGGAAUGAUUUUACCGAGCCCUCCAAAUUCACCCGUCAGUCCGACGGAUGUACUCGCAUCGGUUCGAUUCCCGAAGUCAUAAGUAGAGAUCGCUGACGAUAAGGCCAUGUACUCUUCGAUAACGAGAACGCUGUUCGUCGUCGGUAUUUUCGGUCUAUCCGCGGCUACCAAAUCCGCUUUCAAUAGCAGCGGGGACUCGAUAGUCGAAAAUUAUCUCACCGAGUUCAUGAACGAUCUGAACGAGUUCGCGUUCGACAAGAUCGAUCUGCGGUGCGCCGUUGUCAUCGGAAACAGGGGAAGCUACUUGCAGGUAACGAGAACAAUCUUCGAACACACACCUCAUCUCAUAGCCGACGAACCAUCCGGCAUACCGAAAUGGACGUGCUUCGGACCUAGCAGCGUCUCCUUCAUAUUCGUCGACGGUAUGACCUUCGCCGGUAUAGAAACUAUACUCGCCAAGUACCCCAAGUCAUUCGGUAGCUCCGUUCUCCUGCUGCUGUCCGCCGCUCCCCGAAUCACCGAUCUAUGGAUACUGAACUAUUUGCAGAACCUGGACAGACAGGGAUUCAAGAAUGUCGCGAUCGGGCAGCUCGACGGAAAAGCGAUGAAAUUCUACAGACUCGAGCUUGGCAAGAAGUGCCGCAGAGAAGUGAUAUUGAAAAACAGGUGGACGUCGGGCAGAGGGUUCUCCUCGAGCAAGCCCAUUAUCGGGCGAAACAAGGGGAAAUUGAACGAAAUGGGGUGUCCGCUAGUCGUCAGUACUAUGCAUUUGCCACCUUCGAUGAGGUUGUCGCGCGAUCCGAGUACGGGGAGGCACAGUAUAAGCGGGGGCAGCGAAGGCAACCUGAUCCUAACCCUCGCCGAUUAUUUCAAUUUCGUACCGGUCGUCAGGGUUCCGUCUGUACGCUCGAAGUGGUCGUUGGGGCGGAACGGAACGGCCUUCGGUGUACUGGGAGCCGUUUCGAGGGAGGCGGCCAACAUCGGGAUCGGACAGAUACUGGAGACACCCGAAAGACGCGACAUCGUCGACUUCACCGCGUCCUAUCAGACCGAAUGCAUGGUAUGGACCGUACCGCUGAAAUUUCGGCUUCCCGACUUUUCCACGAUGAUCGACGAAUUCCAACUGGAGACCUGGUUCAUACUGUUUCUCAUAUUCUUAGUGUGCUCCGCUCUGGUGCACCUCACCGCACGGCUGAACGUGGACGGGGACCGGCGCUCGCUGACGUCGAACGUAUUCGACGUGAUAGCGAUGACGAUGAGUCUGCCGAUAUCUCGCCACCAAUCGGGCCUGACCGGAAGGUUGCUUUUCAUCUGCUAUCUCCAAUACGUUCGGGUGAUCUCGACGGCGUAUUCGAGUUCCCUCGCUUCGAUAUUGACGACGAUGAACCCCCAGCCCGAGAUACUCACCGAGGAGGACAUAGUCGCCGCUGGACUCGUCACCGGGGGGACCGAGAACAGCCGUCAACUUCUCGUCGACCAGAUCGACCCGAAUUCUUGGAGGGCCUAUUUGCUCAACGAGUAUCGUCAGCUGAACUCUACGAAGGAAGCUCUGGCGAGGAUCACCGACAAGCAGGACUUAGCGUACCUGAGGCAUAAGUCGGCCAUAGAUUAUUACGCGACCAAGCUCAUUCUGCAGGGAAAGAAACCCGAGUUUUAUACGUUGAACGAAUGCGUGGUGGAGUUCGGGUCGACGAUCGUGGCCCAUAAAGGUUCGCCUUACAUCAAGCCGUUCAAUUACGUCAUAACGCAGCUCCACGAGUCCGGCAUAUACGAGCACUGGAAGUACCCGUACGCCCCGCGAAAAUUGUUCUCGCGUCAACCGGCGCUCGAUCACGAUUGGGGGUGGGAACGAUUGAGCGUCGUGUUUCAUUUUUAUCUGACUUGCCUGGUUCCCGCUGUGUUGUCGUUCUUUGUCGAGCAGGGCGCCUCCAAGAUUCGAAAAAAUCGACAAUCGGUUGGAUAACUCUACCGAUAUCCUACGCGUUUCUCUCUGUCCACCCGCGUGUCUGACCCUAACUCGUAGAUACAAUGACCGUUAAGCCGAAGAUCGAUUGGAUUGGUCGUUGAGAAAUGGACUGAAAUUACUCAACGCCACCGCGUAAUUGGCAUUAAAAAGUCGACCGGCGUGCCGACGCGUAGAUAUUUCGCUGAAAGUUUCGAUAAACGGGUAAUCGGUCGAGCCUAACAGUUGCACGUUUUGCACUGUAGUUGGUGGUAUUUUGUUUGUCUUCCGUUUUUUUUGUUUUUUUUUUUUGUUUUUUUAUUCAUUUUUCAAUCCUUAAAUAACAAUCGCUCUCUUGCGACAUUAUAGUUUUGGGUACACCUUUGAAACGGAUGAUGACUAAUUACGAUUAUAUCCGCACUACGAUUCGUGAGUUGGGAUAAUAAAUAAAACACAAAUGUAUAACAUCGAUAUACGGCACUCAUGCAAAUAAUAAAUAACACGAUUGUUACUGUAA